CAUUCCCCUCACAUCACAAAUCAAGAAAACCCUACCCUAAACUUCUUUGUGUAUAAAUUCCCCCACAUAUCAGGUCAGGACCAGCAAGUUAAAAUCAACCGAGCCCAUAAAGAUCAGGGUGAAGUGGAAGAAAAAUGGCUUUCAAAGAAACACAGCAUCAGCAACAAGGAAAAGAGGAAGUUGAAGCCCAGGCUGUAAUUUGGGAGCACAUGUUUGGCAUGGCCAAAACCAUGGCCCUCAACUGUGCUGUCCGCCUUGGCCUCGCCGACAUCAUCCAUGCUCACGGCCGCCCCAUCACUCUCUUCCACCUCGCUUCCUUGCUCCCAAUUCAACCAGUGAACCCCGACCGCUUGCACCGCCUGAUGCGCUUCUUAGUGCACACCCACCUCUUCGCCAAAACCACAGGGCUCAAUGGAGAUGAAGAAACUUACUGGCUCACCCCCUCUUCCCAGCUCCUCCUCCGACAUGCGGAGAAGAGCAUGUCGGGUUUUGCUCGAGUUCAUGAGAUGACAGUGUCGCCAUGGCUAUCUUUGGGGCCGUGCUUAGAGGAGGGAGUUGCUUCGGCUUUCGAAAAGACGUAUGGGAUGAGUAGGUGGGAGUAUUCAGCUUCUCACCCUGAUGAGAAUAGGGCUUUCAAUGAAGCCAUGGCUUGCUUGGCGAGGCUGGUCAUGCCGGCCAUCGUGGGCGGGUGCGAACGGUUGUUGCAGGGAGCGAGGUCGGUGGUCGAUGUGGGAGGAGGCACCGGAACUGCUGUUGGGGCUUUGGCCAAAGCCUUCCCCAGUGUUAAGUUCACUCUCUAUGAUCUCCCUCAUGUGGUGGCCACUGUGGGUGAGCUCAAUGGUGUUGAUACAGUGGGUGGAGACAUGUUUUCUGCGAUACCUAAGGCUGAUGUAGUAUUUCUUAUGCGGAUCUUACAUGAUUGGGGUGAUAAAGAAUGCUUGGAAAUAUUGAAACAAAUUAGAAAAGCUAUUCCUGAAGAAGGAAAGGUGAUUAUAGUGGAUGUGGUAUUGAAGGAAGAGGAAGAACAUGUGUUUAGGCAUGCAAGAAUGGGUUUAGAUAUGGUGAUGAUGGUACAAACUGGUGGGAAGGAGAGAGAUGAAGGGGAAUGGGCCAAGCUACUUCAUGAUGCAGGCUUUAAGAAAUAUGAAGUAGUGCCUAUCAUGGCUGUAUAUUCCAUCAUUGUAGCUUUUCCAUAACAUCUAACCUCUUUUGGUUUAAAAAUAAAGGGUGCAGUUUGUAUAAGG